AUGCAGUCAGAUUUAGAAUUAGCAUGGGGAUAUAUUAAAUACAGGAAUGUUGAUGCUCUCAAAAAGCUUCUGAAAGGUGAUGUUCCACAGCAAGCUGCUAUUUCUGAUCAAUCCAACGAUAUUAGAUAUUUAGUUCACGCAGCAGCAGCUUUUGGAUCGGUAGACUGCUUAAAAUAUCUUGCAGAAUGUGGAGCAGAUUUGAAUGUUGACACUCCAUCAGGAUAUUCAUGCGUUCAUUGGGCUGCAUACGGAGGAUGGGUAGAAAUACUUCAAUAUCUUCAAACAAGAAAUAUACCACUUAAUAAAGCCGAUUUAACAGGCCAAACUGCUCUCCAUGUCGCAGCAGCACGCGGACAUCUUAAUGUUGUUAAAUUUUUGAUCACAAGUAAGCUAAGUAUUAACAUAAAUCAAACAGCGCAAUACAAAUGGACUCCACUUCAUUUUGCCGUUGCAUACGGCCAUACAAAUAUUGCUAGAUACUUAAUCGAAAAUAACGCAUCGAUUAAAGAAGUUGAUACUCUUGGCAGAUCUCCUGAAGUUUUGGCUCAUGAAUACAAUAGAAAUUGGCAAUUGAUUCUUAAUCCUUCUGUGUAA